CGACUGCAAUCGCGCCGCGGUCGGUCGCGCUCAGCUCGCGCGAAUCUACUUGUUGCAUGUUCACGUGCUCGCUGCAUUUUUGCGGAGGCCAUCGGAAAAAUUGCGAGAUUUUCAUAGGCACGCACGCACGCGGAUAAAAAAAAUGGCGAACUACCAUAAGCCGGAAUUGAAGACCAUCCAAGAGUUGCGGGACAUCGCGAACAAGCUGAGAAUUCAUUCGAUCGAGGCCACGCAAGCCAGCAAAUCUGGGCAUCCAACAUCAUGUUCAUCAAUGGCGGAAAUUAUGUCUGUUCUUUUCUUCCAUACAAUGCGUUACAAAGUCUCAGCACCACGUGAUCCAAGUAGUGAUAGAUUUGUUCUCAGUAAAGGCCAUGCAGCUCCAAUUCUCUAUGCAGCAUGGGCGGAAGCAGGCUUAUUCCCAUCCAGCGAGUUAUUGAAUUUGAGAAAAUUUGAUAGCGAUCUAGAAGGACAUCCUACCCCGAGGCUUAAUUUUGUAGAUGUAGGAACCGGUUCACUAGGACAAGGUCUCUCGGUUGCUGCAGGCAUGGCCUAUGUCGGAAAGAAUUAUGAUAAGGCCAGUUAUCGUGUAUACUGUUUGAUUGGCGAUGGAGAAGCGGCAGAAGGUUCCAUCUGGGAAGCCCUUCACUUUUCGUCCUACUACAAGUUAGAUAAUCUUUGUGCCAUUUUCGACAUCAAUCGUCUUGGACAGAGCGAGCCAACCUCGUUGCAGCACAAUAUGGAAGUUUAUCGCAAAAGAUUAGAAGCCUUCGGUUUCAAUGCUUUAGUUGUGGAUGGUCACGAUGUGGAAGAAUUAGCUAAGGCCUUCCAUGAAGCACAUAAUACAAAAGGACGUCCCACUGCCAUCUUAGCUAAAACGUUUAAAGGCAAAUACUUUCCGGAAAUUGAAGAUUUAGAAAACUGGCAUGGCAAACCUUUGGGUAAUAAAGCAAAUGAAGUUAUUCAGCAUCUGAAUGGACUUUUGAAAAAUCCUGGCCCUCCUGCGUUGCAUCCGCAAAAGCCACUUGUAGAUGAUGCACCCAAUGUGAAUAUCAGUAAUAUUACAUUAGCUUCACCUCCAAAUUACAAAUUAGGUGAACAAGUAGCUACCAGAUUGGCUUAUGGAACAGGCCUUGCAAAGUUAGCGAAGAGUAAUCCUCGUGUUAUAGCUUUAGAUGGUGAUACAAAGAAUUCCACUUAUGCUGACAAAAUUAAGGCGGUUGACCCAACUAGAUUUAUCGAAGGUUUUAUUGCCGAACAGAAUGUCGUGGGAGUUGCGAUCGGUGCCGCUUGCAGAGAUCGUACCAUUGCGUUUGUGUCCGCUUUUGCGACAUUCUUCACGCGUGCCUUCGAUCAGAUCCGUAUGGGUGCGAUAUCUCAGACGAAUGUGAACUUUGUCGGUUCGCAUUGUGGCGUAUCUAUCGGUGAAGAUGGACCUUCGCAGAUGGGCUUGGAGGAUAUCGCAAUGUUUCGCGCGAUCCCGGGUUCAACUAUUUUUUAUCCAAGCGAUGCCGUAUCGACGGAACGUGCCGUGGAAUUGGCAGCUAAUACCAAGGGCAUCUGUUUCAUCCGUACUUCUCGCCCAGCUACGGCCGUUUUGUACAAGAAUGACGAACCCCUGAUCAUUGGUAAAGCUAAGAUAAUCAAGUCUUCUGCGAAUGAUCAGGUACUUGUGAUCGGAGCCGGUGUGACAUUGCACGAGGCAAUUAAAGCUGCUGAUGAAUUGGCUAAAAAUGGAGUCAAUAUCCGCGUUAUCGAUCCAUUUACAAUCAAACCCAUUGAUGCGCAAACAAUAAUAAAGAACGCAAAGGAGGUUGGCGGCAGAAUUAUCACCGUCGAGGAUCAUUAUCCGCAGGGAGGUUUAGGAGAGGCGGUCCAAUCCGCUGUCGCUUUGGAGAGAAAUAUAAUAGUGAAAAAGCUGGCGGUGCCGAAUGUACCACGUUCCGGUCCUCCAACAGUGCUACUCGAAAGUUAUGGUAUUAGUGCCCAUAACAUUGUCACAGCGGUGCAGGAAAUUGUAAAAUAUUAAUUCUGCAACUGAAGAUCGCUGGCUA